AUGGAAAUGGAAAGUGGUACGUUUACCUGCAAGAAAACAAUAAGUUUGAUUAAUGGACGUGUUGGCACUUGGUAUUGCUUGGAACAGUUGGUAAAGGUACAAUAUGUUAAAUUUUGCAGAUUCGGACUUGGAAACAAGAAAUAUAAUACUAAUAAGAAGAUGGUUAGGAUUGGUCUGUUGAAUGUCAGAUCUAUCAACAAUAAGGUUGAUGAUGUCUAUGGAAUGAUUUAUGAUGGCCUCAACAUACUGGUUCUGUGUGAAACAUGGCACGGGACCGAAGGUAAUAUUUCCGUUAGAUUAGCUAUGCCACCUGGUUUCACAUUUGUGGAUUUUGUCAGGCCGCAUGAUCCUGGUCAAGGGGGUUUGUUUGAAGCUCUGGCCAUCAGAUUGAAGAUUGGAAUUGAUCAGUUCUGUUUAAUUGCCCUCUACAGACCUGGCUCGGAACAGACGACUUCAUUAUUCUUUGAAGAGUUGAUUUCUAUGUUAGAGUUUAUUACAAUGUCGGAGGCUCAUGUCGUACUUACGGGUGAUUUUAACAUUCACGUUGAAAAAAGGGAUAGUCUUUUCACUCUACGACUACAUGAGAUACUUGAUAUGUUCCAGUUGGUCAAUCAUGUGUCGGGAGGUACGUUAGACCUAGUAAUUUGUUCACAGAAUUUUCCAAUUUUUGAUACUAAGAUUGACCCGUGUUCGGUAUACUCUGACCACAGUUACGUAGGUGUGAGAGUGGCGUUGAAUCAAGUCAGACCAAAAUUGGUGAAAGCAUGUGUCAGACCGUGGAAAGAUCUGAACGAAAAAUGUUUUGUUGAAGCACUAGCGAACUUUCCUGUGGCAAACAAAUGUCAAUCUGAUGAUGGCAGCGGACGAGAAAAUGAAAAAAUAUGGGAACGCCCUCCUCUCGAUGGAAUAUGUAUCGAGGUUCUCGGCCCGAUGGACCCCAACACCCUUAAAUUUCUUAAGGAAAUAUGUAAAAUGAUCAGCGUCAGAUCAGGCGACAGCAGGAUGAUCCCGAGAAGGUGGUGGUGA